AUGACCUGGGAAAAAGCUAAAAACUACUGCAGAAGGCACCACAGUGAUCUGGCUGUGGUUGAAAAUCAGAGUGAAAAUGAGGCUGUGCAGAAUUCAUGUAAGGAAGAGUGUUGGAUUGGUCUCCACAAGGAUGCUGAAGAUCCCCAAAGCUGGACCUGGUUGAAUGGAGAAGAAGUCAGAUUUAAAAGAUGGCACCCAGGUGAGCCUAAUAACCACAAGCAAGAGGAAGAGUGUGUUGUUACAGCAGAUGGAAAAUGGAAUGACGUUCCCUGUCAUUUUGAAUAUAAAAGCGUGUGUUAUGACGAUGAACUGAUCUUGGUUAAAGAGAAGAAGACAUGGGAGGAGGCUCUGGAGCACUGCAGGAGUCUGAAAACUGACCCUACUCCAAACAACACAGCCUCCGACCAUCUCUAUGACCUUUUACACAUGCAUGCUGGAAAUACGAACUUACAUGCUAAGAAGUUGAUCCAGAAUGCCCAGACCCAGGAGGUGUGGAUAGGUCUACGUUUUCUGGCAGGACACUGGCUGUGGGUGAAUGGCUUCCCUCUGGAGGAACAACUGAAGCAAAAGCUGCUGGUCUGCCCUGCACCCACCAAGUACUGUGGAACAAUGCCAAAGACAGGAGACCAAAUGUCAACCAAGGACUGUGCAGAGAGGAGGAAUUUCUUUUGCUUGUUCAAGGACAAUGUCUGA